CUUCGACUGACAGCUUCUCUGAGUGCAAAGCUCGACUGUCCGCUUAUUCGUUGUGAUGCUUGGUAAUACAGUCUUUACUGGUUACACAAUACGUUGUACUUGACCAGUUGAAUGCUAGUGCCAACAGCUCAUGGCUCAGAGCUGUCAAUGACUCUCAGCUUCAAAUAUACAAACACUCUGUCACCGUUGUCUUUCUUACACCCGUCCAACAUAAUUCCUCACACUUCAACUAAAGACCAAGUCUAGCACUAUGAAAGUAGACGAUUGCCACAGGAACCUGCGACCUGCGAAGGAACGCGAAAAGGCUCUGGCCAUCAAUGAGUUCAACGGCAAGACCCUGACUCCACCAGUAUCAGUCUACCUGCCAUGGAACCUUUCGACAGACCAGUUCAAAAAGCUUCUUCCUGACACUCCCGAGGACGGAGAGCCAGGCUUUGGCUUUCCAGCCCUGAGAAACUGGUUUGUCAAGCUUCUCCAAGCCCUUGAUGCUCAAGAAGACGAACUGCAUCCGUUCCAUUCAAAUCCUUACCGACUAAGAAAGCUGGAUAUAGAGGCCGCCGACUGGUUCAAGGAAGGGAAGUUGGGGUUUGUAAAACUCCAAAGUGAGAUCAGAAAUGACGACCCAGAUGAUGAAAAGAAUUGGACACCUGGGGCGGUGUUCUUACGAGGUGGUAGUGUGGCUGUCCUCCUCAUUGUACAACCUGAAGGUGCAGAAGGAGAAGAUGAGAAACAAGUCAUACUAACCGUUCAGCCUCGGGUAGCAGCCUCAUCUUUGGCCUUCACAGAGAUACCUGCAGGAAUGUUAGAUGACCAGCAAGAUUCGUUCGCUGGAAAAGCCGCGAAGGAGAUCAAAGAAGAAACGGGACUUGAGUUGAAAGAAAGCGAGCUACUAGACAUGACGAAGCUUGCGCUAGAAGGAGCAUCGUCCGAAUAUCCCCCUGCAGCCGAAUCACUGGAAGAGGCCAUGUACCCCAGUCCUGGUGCUUGCGACGAGUUCAUCACACUCUACCUCUGUCAGAAGCGUCUCAAGCGUGAGCAUCUGGAAGAUCUUAAAGGUAAGGCAACGGGUCUCGCGGAAGAGGGAGAGAAAAUCAAGCUCAAGUUAGUUCCGUUGCACAUGCUCUGGCGAGAAGGUGCUCGGGAUGCGAAAACUCUAGCUGCAUUGAGUCUGUACGAGAACAUCAAGGCAAUUGGCAUGUUACCCGAUAUGCCUACCAACCUAGACGAGAGAUCAAAAGACUGGCGUUCAGAGAAGUGAGGUUGAAGGAGAUGUAGUUACAGCUCAUGACAUGGAGAUAUUCAGCCGCCAAACAUAUAUUCAUUCACUCUCCA